CUCUCUCUUCAAUUCCCAGAAAUUUCAAAUUCUCGUGAUGCCUCGUCUCCAUUUCUCUCUCUAAACCACACCUCCACCUCUCACCCAAUCUCCGAUUCGAUCUCCAAUCCUCCGACUCCGUUCCAGAUCGCACCGCCGUCCGCGCCGCUCAAAACCUAAACCUCGCCGAUCCUGAGCGAAAAAAAUGAAGCUGAAGAUCAAUAAGGCGUGCGAUCUCAGCUCCAUCUCCGUCCUUCCUCCUCACUUCAGGAGAUCAAACUCUGUGGCACAUGGACCACAAGGUUCGCAGCUUCAGUUUCGAUCUCAACCAUCGGAGCAGUCAUUUUCCCAGGGACUCUCGUCUCAGUAUGGCAUGUUUUCUCAGCUCUCACAGACGUCUCUUGACGCUUUGACAGAUCAGAGGUCUCAAGGACGGGAGAACUCUAUGAAGAAUUCUGCUCGCUUACCCCUAAGUAGUCAUGCCCGUGAAGAUAGUCAACUGCAGGUUUCAAGACCUUCCAACAAUCUCAUCCGCAAGUGGAGUUUUGCUUCUGGUUCAGAUUAUCGAAGUCAGAUCAGUGAGGAAUUAGAGCAUCGUAUUGGAAUGAUGGAAACUUCAUUAAACAAGUUUGGAAUGAUCUUGGAAUCUGUUCAGGGUGAUGUUAUGCAAGUACGGAAAGGAACAAAAGAAGUUUCAAUGGAGUUGGAGGCAAUACAGCAGAAGUUGGUGGUUCAAGACAGUUCACUGCAAUUAAUGAGCAAGGGGCAAGAAGAUCUCAAAGCGAACCUUGAUGUGGGCUUCAAAUCUAUGUCUGAGCUACUGAGCAAGAAUGAAAAUCAAGACAAAUUACAGGAGAUGUUCUUAGUGCUUUCAGCCUUGCCAGAAAAGAUUGAAGCAUCCCUACUGAGUUCACAAAGUAAUAUGCACAGCUUCUUCAUCAGGGAAAUGCAGAAAUUUCUUUGCAGUAUCCAAACAUGCCAGAAUCAGAUUACAUACCCCAUCCAAACAUCUGAAGUGUUCUAUGUGCUUUCACCAAAGGCACCAAAGGCAGCUGCCCCUCCUACUAUUCUAAAAGUAGAGCAGACGCCUAAGAAGAAGUAUGUGAGAAAGUAUGUGAGGAAGUACAAAGCACCCUCACCCUCUUUACCUUCACCAAAGAAAUUGCAGGUUCCUGUGUGUCACUCUGUUCCAGAACAAAGGCCACAGCCUAUUAAGAAAGAGACCGAGAGGCUUAAAAACCCUGCUCUUGAUUCCCACUCAACUGCACCCUCAACUGUACCCUCAACUGUACCUCCAAAGGUUUAUGUUCAAGCAGCUAUAGUUACAACAAAAGAAACAGGUGGCUGGAAAACUGUAAAGGCGGGAAAAGCUACCUCUAUUCAGAGGGUAUCCCAGAAAGUACAAAAUCACACUGGAAUUAUGACGGUGAAACAGGAAACAGGUAGAAGAGUUAUCAUUGAAUCAGAUGAGGACAUUGAUGGAGGUUUUUCAUGCUUACUUGAUGAGAAAGGACCAGACAUGAAAAAUUACAUGAGUGAAGAGGUAGACGAAGAGACGGAACGGAUUUUGAGGAGGGCGAGGAGGCGAAAGAGAAGAUGCUGUAACCCUAUAAUUAUUAACUGAAGGGGCUUGAAAUCUGCUCCUGCCAUGUGCUGUGUCGUAACUCGCAAGUCCUAACCCAUAACUCACAACAUUAUGUGCUUUGAAUCCCUUGAUUACUUUGGGUAUGUAUCUUCGCAUUGCCUAUUGUUACAUCCUUCUACAUCCUAGUAGUUAUAGCUGUCCUUAAAGGACACAUAGAUAACCUGAGAACUGUGUUCAUCCAUCAAUUGCUGUAAUUAAAGAACCGGUUAUAUGGUCAAAGUGAUUCCAAUAUUGUUUGGCAAUUCUCAGCACUGCCCAUACUCGA